AUGCGAAGUUUUAUCUCGACUUUCUUCGACUUCGUCCUCCAGACCUCAGACCUUUCGGGCUCACCCCAAAGUCUGAAGGCAUUCCCAUCGGUUCGGACGCGACGGCUUCGCGUCGGCUUACUCCUCAUGGAUGAUCAGUCCGUAUGUUUUUCUCGGAUUCGCGCUUUGGCGAGACCGGUUUUAUCGGGAUCGUGUGAUGACGAGAUCCGAUUGUUUUCUCGGGCUCGUGUGAUGACGAGACCGCUCGAUCGUGUGAUGACGAGAUCGGUGUUGUCGAGAGGUUUGGCCAGAACGUCGACGUGUACCUUUGGAGGCUGCCUACGUACCCAUGCCGGGAUCAAGCCAUUCGUAGUUCGUUUUCUCGGUCUCGUGCUUGAGACCGGUUUGAUGCCGAGAUGUUUAUCGGACUUGCCGUUUCGGCGGCGGAGGCAGAUCAUCUUGGUGAGGGAGUGA